AUGUCUUCUCGGUGGCCUUCAUCUCUCCUCAACGCCACCAACAAGCGGCUCACGGAACGCAUUGAGCAGCUGACGCUUGACCUUGACACCAAACGCAACUCUGUCGCGGAGCAGCGAGAGGUUCUGGGACUCCUCAAAAAACAUCAGCACGAAGCUCAGCAACAAGUCAAGGCCAUUGCAGAGGCGCUAGAGCGUGAGCGGGCUGCCGUUGAAAACGAUGAAGACAAACUCAAACAGCUCCAACUAGAGGCUGAGGCGGACGCGCGACGAGCGCGCCAGUCAAAAGAGGCGGAAACGCAGCUCUCUCAAGCCGUCUCCGCUUUGGAGUCGACUUUGGAUCAGCGCUACCGUGCUUUGAGUGGGCAACGAGAGAUCGCUGUGGAGCUCGAGGAGGAGGCAAAGGAGCUGGUAUCGGCGCAUCUCAGCCGCCAGCGCGUGGGGGAUGACUUGGCUGCUGCACAGCGCGAGCUUUCAUCGACUGUGUGGGCCACGCUCGCUCGCCUAAACGAACAAGUUCGUGUCGCCACGCAGCGCUUGGAGGAGGCGCGAGGCGAGCGCCUUCACGUUUUGCAGGAAGUCGACGCCAUGCAUCUCGCUUUGCAGCAUGCUGUCAAGGAUCAGGCGGAGAGCUUGCGAGCACUGGAGCUAGUUUACGUGCAGACCUCCCAGCUAGAUGCGCAGGUGCUGGGGAAUGCCAAAUCCAUGGAGGUUCUGGUAGCGGCUGCCCGCGAGAGGGAGAAGCUCCGCGGUGAGCUGCAAGCCACGCUGGAGCGGCUCCGCAGGGAUAACCAGCGCCAAGCACUCACCCACGAUCUUAAACGCGAGCAGUACGACAAGCAAGUCCGUGCGCUCCAAAAGACCGUCGCCGCCCUGAGAGAGGACGAGGAGCACUCAAUGAUCUCAAGGCGCUGCGAGGAGGCCGAGGUACAGCAGCUUUGUCAACAACGUCGAGAGCUCGAGCACGUCAUCCUCUUGUGCGAGGAGAAGAGGCAGCUACUGGCACAGCAGCAGGCGCGUCGUGAUGCGCUGGAGGGCGCUCGUGCGCUGAUGCAGCGUCAGGAGUCAACCGGGCAGCCGUCACCAGCGGCGCUGGGUGACAUGAUCCUGGCCCUUGAGCAGCAGGAAGCGCAACUGGAAGACCGUGUGAGGCGCACCUGUGCGAAGCUCACCGAGGCAAUUCAGACUUUCAUGGACGAGGGUCGAAGGAGUGAGCACUUCAACGCUGCAGUAGCUGAUAAGAUGAAGGCCAAAUUGUCCCUUGUCUCGGACCAGGAAGCCUCAGAAGGUCACGUACAGCUUCUUAAGGAGAGAAGCAGGAAGCUUGAAGAGUCACUGGCCGAGCGGCAGGCAUUGUUCUCCUCGAUGCAGGCAUUGACGUUGGAGCAGCGCGCUCAGCGUCAGGCCUCCUGGCUGCGCGAGAUUGAGCAGCUACGCGGCACCCUUCUGCGCGUUCAGCGAGACCAUCAGCAGCUGCUCCAUGGCACCGCGACGCUUCGCAGUAGCUGGCAUCACACGCGCAAAACAUUGGAGGAGAAGGGCAUGUCGCAGGGAAAGGUGCUGAACGACUUGCGCCUGCUUGAGGGGGAAGUGUUCCGGCUGGACCAAGAGAUGACAGCCACCGCGGAGGAGCACAAUAGCCGGUUGCUCCAGCACGAACAGGCAGGAGUGACACUGCAGUCAUUGAUGAGGGCGGCCGACGGGCAGGUUAGUGGCCUCAAGGAGGCGGCAGGGACCGAGGCUUACAUUCGAGCUGAGGUGCAGAUCGUGGAGGAACGGAUUCAGGCCGACAUGCAAGGCGCCCUUGUCGAGCUGCACCUCAACGGGAACGAAGUCCACGAGCUGAGCGAGGAGUUACAGCGGCAUCGGAAGAAGCUGAAUCUUCUUCGCCUCCGCUACGAGGAGGCGAUGAUGUCGAUGGCUCGCGCAGCGCAGAAGCCGCUGAGCGAGGAGGAGGGAAGGGGCAUCCCGCUACCUUUGCUCAACAGCGAGAGCGACACUUGCACUCCAGAGGCGGUGCACGCCCAUCUGUUGCUGCGUCGUUCCUAUGAGCGGGAGCAGCUCAUGCAACGCGGUAACUACCUCGAUCUUCGCUUGGUGGCGCUGGAUAGGGAAACAAGCACCCUGCGGCACAUGGUGGAUGGGAUGCGCUCCUCUCAGGUCACAUCGGGACAGGCCAACGCUCUGGGCGAGCUCUCCUCGACGGCGAAAAAGGCUGGAGCUUCCUCGAUCAAAAACUGCAGCUCACAACUGGAACCUUCAGCUCCUUCGUGUUCCCCUACGCUUAUCAAAAAGGAGCUGCUGAGUAGUGCUGAAGCGAGUGAACACUUCUGGAGGGCGGAACUCCAGCUACUAGAUGAGACUUUAGCGGCUAUGAGUCAACAGCGUGAUGACUCGCGGGUGCGGCUGCACGAGAUGCGCGCCACGCUGAAGGAAUUGCAGGACACUGAGAGGCAGAAGCGCAUGCAAGUUCAGAAGCUCCGUGAUAGUGUUCAGCGUUCUCGUAAGCUGGCUAACGUUGUGAGCGUGAAGUGCAGCAGGUAA